CAGUCUGUAGGGUAUAUGAAUUAUUCAAAUAUUGAUCUGUUAACUUAGAAUUUAUACCUGUGAAAUCGACGCCGUUUCACCUGAUGUUCGUGUAUCUCUGCCACAGUACAUGUUGUACAUCGUAUAUCGGCCACCAGUCUCCACCUAGGCUCGCAGAUAUAAUGAUACAGGUAACUUCUAUCCGAGACUUUGUGCGGCGACAAGAUCGGGAAAUGAAGAGAAAGAAAAGGGCGGGAAAAACGGAUCAGCCGCAGGUACAGAAUCUCGAUAUAUACCAGCCCAAUAGUGUUCAGGAGGAGGUUCGCGACUUCGGUCUCUAUGGCAACCUCAGGAAAGCGGAUACGGAAGUUAGAAAUCCACUUCCGUCACCAGAAUUGAUCGAUCGUGAAAAGCACGUGCUUGAGUUUGAUAAACAGAGGAGGAAGAAACCCCAUGAUGUGCAUUACAAGGCUUUUUACCGGUACCUGUCCCCCGCCUUGUCGGAACACUACGCGGUAAUACCAAAAAGUUUACCAAGUAGUGCUAGUACUACGGGGAACAGAACAAGCUGAGAGUGGAUCACGGACCAGUACUGUCAUAUCAAACUGAAACGUCUUUGUUGUCAUAUGUGCCAGGCGCGGGUGUUCAAAUAUAAGUUAUUACGGAUUAGGCUUGCGCCAAGCGCGGGGAAUAAAUUAAGUUGACUGAUAUGGUACUGAAGUAUCUUAAUUGAGAAAAGCAGUAACGAUGGUGACUGAUUCAAGAACCUACCUACAUGAUGGAUAUCUUUAACACAUAGGUUAGAUGUUGUUCUGAACGUAAACAUUGUUCUGAUAGCAUUGCACAUCAUAGGCUUAUAGUUUACCUAAUGUCUCUUGACGUUAGACUAUGAUGUGAUUCUGCUUAGCCGAGUUGGGGCUAUGUGGGAUGGGAUACCAUACAGCUUCUAACGACCAGACAGCGGCCGGGUACAGUAUCAAUUAAUAUAUGUACUUAUUUGGGAUAUAUACUUAUCGCGAUCUGUUGUUCAGUAUUUUUUACACCGCCAAGACGUUUUAAGGAGGAUGUCAUCACGUUCGCCGUGGUCUUCUUCUACAUCAGUGGGAAAAGACAUUUGUUGAACCAUCUUUACACGGGAAGGCGCUCUAGUCAUGCCACUUUAAUCACGUAUACAUAUGAAAUGUAAUGACGUUUGUUUCUGUUAGGAGACGGAGCUACUGUGUGUCUGACGUAUAUUUUGGCGCUUCAGUCAAAAAAGUAGAGUCAAUGCAAUGUACAUAAACACAGGAGUUCAUUCUGUGGGAAGAUUAAGAACAAUUACAUGUAGCAGGAACAAUGUGUCUUGUUGUGAAAUACUGCACGGAGAUUGAUGAAAGAUAACUACACAUGUACAAUUGUAGAACUGUUCAGUUUUUAUUAUUUGAAAAAUUAAUCAUCAGCAUUGUUUGUUUGAAAUAAGGCCUAGCUUGCAAACACCAUAUAAGUUUACCGAGUCCAAAGCACAUUUUUCUUUUAAUAUUUAAAUUUUGAAAAUUGUCUGAAAAAAACCUGCUUUUAACCAUUUAAUCAUUUUACAUAUAAACCCUUUUUGCAUAAGGUUAUAUUUUGAAUUCCAAUCAUUUGGUGAAACUACUGGUUUAAGGUUUUAUGCUCAAUAGUUAUUGAACACAUGGCCCCUGUAUAGGUCUUGUUACAUAGUCCUAGCUACCAGCUAACAGAGUCGUCUAUGCAAAAUUGAGAAUUACAUUGUUAUCAAAGGUAAGGUAUUUUUUUAUGAUAAUUUUGAAAUCUGUUCAUGAAAUUUGAUCUUUACAUUUACAACAUGAAAACAUUCUACACUUGUACAUGUAUGACAUAUUUUAGUUUACGUUAUAUAAAUUAAGUUAGCCAGACCUUGGACACAGACAUUGUCUCCAUCCUGGUUAUAUAUCUAAAGGACAAUAAAUGUAUAUUGUUCUGCGAAUAAAUUCGUCCUCAAAUGACCUUACAUAUUGUAGAUGUUCUAGGACGCUAAACCAACACUUUUAAGCUACGUCUGUAAAGCAUGUUGUGUUAUCACGUGCAUCUGUGUUUUCUUACAUAAUAAAUGCAUUGUUAUCUAA